AUGGAUUCUUUGUCUUCAGACCACAAAGAGAAAGUCGACGAAUUUAAAUCGAUAACUGGAAGUUCUACAGACUCAGAAAAUGACGAUAAAAUAAUUGAAUUUUUGACAGUACAUGAUUUUGAUUUGAAUAAUGCAAUAUCCACAUAUUUUGAUUCUGGGUUCGAUUCCAUUGGGAAUAGCUCAGCAAUUAAUCAACAUGAUGAGAUUGACAACCAAGUGACCCAUCGACACUCACAUCACCACCAAAAUGAAACGCCUGAUGUCAGUUUGGACCAAAGUGGACCGGUAAAUUUACAGCAUCAAAUGUUCUUCGAUAGCUUAUUGCCAAAAUUACCUAAAGCCCCAGUUAUUUCAAAUGGUUGGCAAUUGGAAGUUGGGAUACACACAUCAAUAUUAGAUGAAAAAAUAAGGCAAGAAAGAGAGAAAACUGAAACUACAAAAGAAGAUGUUUAUGAAACCACGGAAUCCAUUCAUUCUGAAAUUGAAGACACCAAGAAAUCCCCAUUGAGCUCGUUAUGGAUAAUACUAUUGAUAAUACCAAAAACAUUAUUACAUGUUAUUUUAUCAGCCCUUAAAUUUGUGUUUGGUUGGCGUGUAUUUAAAGGUCCCGAAGAAAGACUUCCCCAACUAUUCAAUUACGAGAAGUUUAUCCCUAAUUAUAAGUUUUUACCAGAAUUGAAACCCAGCAAGGAAGAAACAAAUAAUGAUGUGAAUCUCAUCAAUAAAUUCAACUUCCGGGAAGACCAAUUCAACGAAACGCAUCUGUUUUGUCAAAAAGAGUAUCGUUGGCUCUUGGUUGUUUUGGUCAAUGAUUCUAGCACAACUAAAAACUUUAUCGAGUCAUUGGUGAACCAUAAACACUUUGACAAACUAUUUAACAAAUCUAAUGGAUUGUUCAAGGAAACAGAGAUAUUUGUCAAUAAUAUCGAAAGAUCCCCUGAAGCAUUUGAAAUUGCCCAAACUUACAAAGUGAAAAGACUCCCCUAUGUUAUGCUAGUUGGCAAUGUGUCUGCCAGUCCUGAUAUAAUGCCUUCAAUGUCAAUAGUGUAUAAAUCUAAUAUUGCUAAACCAUUUAUCACUGAAGAGGAACUUCCUAAUACCACCAACAAAAUCUUGAAGAAUAUUGGCAAAUUAUUGGAGCGAUUCAAUCCUCAGUUAGUAUCAGCCAGAUUUGAUAAACAAGAAAUGGAAAUUAGCAGACAGAUAAGACAAGAACAAGACGACGCAUAUCUCAGAUCUUUGCAACAAGACAAGAUAAAGAAAGAAAUGAGAUUACAAGAAGAGAAUGCUCAAAAGUUGGCUGAACAAAAGUCUCAAUUGAGACAAUAUUAUUUGCUAAAAUUGAUAUCGACAAAGUACAUUGAACAGAAUGUCCUUGAUCAAGAUGUUGAUGCCAAAUGCAAGAUAGCUUUGAAGUUACCCAACGGUAAGAGAAUAGUAGAGUUAUUCAAUGGAGAAAUCACAUUAUUAGAAUUUUACAUGUUUAUCGAAUUGAAACUUUUCAUCGAACAAGAGGAGUUAGACACAGACCAAGUUGAUGACUUGAUUGAAAAGCUAGAUAUUGACGAUAAUGUGAAAAAUUCAAUUCAAGAUCUUUCUGAUUAUCAUAACUCUUAUCCAUUUAAGUUUGAAGUCAUUCAACCUUAUCCUAAGAAAGUUAUUCAUUUGGAUGUUGACAUGGAUCAAAGUAUAAAAGACAUUAGCGAGUUUAGCAAAGGGGCAAACUUUUUAAUUGAGUUUAUAGAUGAUGACGAAGAAGAAGAAGAGGAAGAAGAAGAAUAA